AUGGGUGAGGAGGCAGCUGCUCCGUUGCUGGUGCGGGGCAACGAUGGUGACGAUCUCCGCCUCGACCUCACCCACACCAUCAUCCAUGGAGAUGGAGAUGAUCAGCGGAAAGCUGCAGGAGAGGCGGCGUCAUCGGCAACGUCGAGGCAUGCGGUGCUGGGGUGGGACUGGGCAGAGGUGACGGGGCAGCUGGGCUUCGCGGCGCCCAUGGUGGCCACCAGCAUGGCCUACUACGCCAUCCCGCUCGUCUCCGUCAUGUUCGCGGGCCGCCUCGGCGACCUGCAGCUCGCCGCCGCCACGCUAGGCAACUCCUGGGGCACCGUCACCGGCAUCGCGCUCAUGACCGGGCUGAGCGGGUCACUGGAGACGCUGUGCGGGCAAGGGUACGGCGCGCGGGCGUACCGGACGUUGGGCGUGCACCUGCAGGCUUCCCUGCUCACCUCGGCGCUGGCCUCCGCCGUCGUCUCCCUCCUCUGGCUCUACUCGGAGCCGCUGCUGGUCUUCCUCGGCCAGGACCCGGAGACGUCGCGCCUGGCGGCCGACUUCCUCCGCCACUCGGUGCCCGCGCUUCUCGCCUACGGAUUCAUCCAGUGCGCGCUCCGGUUCCUGCAGGCGCAGUCCGUGGUGGCGCCGCUCGUCGCCUUCUCGCUGCUCCCGCUGGCAGCGCGCACGUCGGCGUCGCCCACGCGCUCGUCAACCUUCGAGUACUGGUCGUUUGAGAUCCUGGUUCUGUUUGCUGGGCUGAUGCCGGAGUCUCAGCUCAGCACUUCCAUCAUUGCAAUGUGCCAAAACACUGAAGCCAUAUCAUACAUGAUCACCUAUGGCUUCGCCGCUGUCAUCAGCACAAGGGUGUCCAACGAGCUGGGAGCCCGGAACAUCGCCAACGCGAAGAAGGCGCUCACCGUGUCGCUGGCGCUGUCCCUGAUGCUGGGGGUGGUGUUCCUGCUGCUCCUGGGCCUCGGCCACGAGCUGUGGGCGCGGCUCUUCAGCAGCAGCAAGGCCGUGGUGAGCGCGUUUGCGUCCAUGACGCCGCUGCUCAUCGGCUCCGUGGUGCUGGACUCCACGCAGGGUGUCCUGUCGGGCGUCGCGAGAGGGUGCGGGUGGCAGCACCUGGCGGCCUGGACCAACCUGGUGGCCUUCUACGUCAUCGGCUUGCCCCUCGCCAUCCUCUUUGGCUUCACGCUUGGCCUCCAAACCAAGGGGCUGUGGAUGGGGCAGAUAUGCGGCCUCCUCUGCCAGAACUGCGUCCUCUUCUUCAUCACCCUGCGAACCAACUGGGAGGAGUUAGACCUGACCAUGUUCAACAAGGACAACGAUUUCGUCUGCUGA